GGGCAAUUUUCCAGUUCCCAUAAAAUCAAUCGACCAGGUCAAAGUUGCCCUGAAGAAGAAGCAGACCCUCUCUUCUCGGCUCCCCUCCUCUUUCCAAACCCUAAUUUCUUAUAGAAAGAAGAUGAAGGUGAGUUCUUGCUCUGCCGCUGCUUUUACAUCAUCAUUCGCCACCAACGCCCUGCGCUUCCCAUUUAAUAACCAUCAUUCUUCUUCUCUUUCCUUUUUUUGCUGGAAGAGAAGCAUGUCUCAAUUCCCUAUUCGUUGUUCUUCUACUUCUCCUUCGUCUUCUUCAGCCGCCGACUAUUCCUCUAUGUCCAAUGAGUCUGCCAUCAAGCCAAAGCAACAGCAGCCUUGGCUCAUUGUUGGCCUCGGAAAUCCUGGAAAAAAGUAUCAAGGCACUCGCCAUAACGUGGGUUUUGAGAUGGUAGAUGCUAUAGCUAAUGCUGAAGGAAUAUCCAUCAGUAGUGUUUCCUUUAGAGCAUUGUUUGGAAAAGGGUUUAUUGGAAAUGUUCCAGUAAUGCUUGCCAAACCACAAACUUUCAUGAAUUCAAGUGGUGAGUCUGUUGGGGCUAUUGUGUCCUAUUACAAGAUUCCAUUGAAGCAAGUACUCCUGAUUUAUGAUGAUUUAGAUUUGCCUUUUGCCAAGUUACGACUAUUGCCAAAAGGUGGACAUGGAGGACACAAUGGGAUGAGAAGUGUUAUUGAUCACUUCAAAGGGAUUCGUGAUUUUCCUCGUUUAAGAGUUGGAAUUGGACGGCCUCCUGGGAAAAUGGAUACGGUAAACUUUGUUCUUCGCCCCUUCAAUAAACAAGAACGCGAAGAGCUGGAUUUUACAUUUCAACAUGGCAUAGAUGCCAUUCGAAUUCUUUUACUCGAGGGAUUUAAUAGAAGCGCAACAUUUGUCAACAGUGCCAGAUCUAUGGAGCAAUGUAGUUAAACUGUUACUGUAAUUAUCAUUCAAGGGGGAAAUUGUGAAUCAUGAUGAAGUGAAAUUGACCUUUUUUUUUUUUUUUGGAAUAUAGAGAUUUCUUUCAAGCUUUGAAAGGCCAAAGUCAUAAUUGGAGAUUUUGGUGCCUACAUUUUUUAAUUUUUGUUGGAGAGCAGCUGCAAGGACAUUAUUGAUUUGGAACUGUUGAGAUGUACUUUGUUUAAAAAAGUUCCUGUUGGUGCUAUAUGGCAACUUUUAUUUUUUCUAUCA